AUGGCUCCGAUUCCGUCGGAGAACGGCGUAGAUGGCGACGACGAGCGAGAGGAAGAGGAGGAUGACGAGGAAGAGGAAGAAGAAGAGGAAGACGAGGAAGAGGUGGAGCCGAAGCUCAAGUACCAGAGGAUGGGCGGCAGCAUACCGUCUCUGCUUUCCAACGAUGCGGCGUCCUGUAUUUCGGUGGCUGAGCGAAUGAUCGCGCUCGGGACGCUAGACGGUACUGUCCACAUACUUGAUUUUCUCGGGAAUCAGGUUAAGGAAUUUCCAACUCAUACUGGUGCAGUCAACGAUCUUAGCUUUGAUGUGGACGGUGAAUAUAUUGGAAGCUGUUCAGAUGAUGGCACGGUUGUAAUAAAUAGCCUCUUCACUGAUGAGAAAAUGAAGUUUGAGUAUCAUCGUCCAAUGAAGGCCAUCUCUCUGGAUCCAGAAUAUUCAAGAAAAACUUCAAGGAGAUUUGUUGCUGGUGGCCUUGCGGGUCAGCUGUAUCUAAACUCGAAGAAAUGGUUGGGCUAUCGGGAUCAGGUCUUGCACUCUGGGGAAGGUCCAAUACAUGCUGUCAAGUGGAGAACAAAUCUCAUUGCUUGGGCUAAUGAUACAGGUGUGAAAGUUUAUGAUGCUGCCAACGAUCAGCGCAUAACAUUUAUUGAAAGGCCACGAGGCAGUCCUCGCCCAGAGCUUUUGCUUCCUCACCUUGUUUGGCAGAGUGACACAUUGUUGGUUAUUGGUUGGGGAACAUCUGUGAAAAUUGCAUCAAUAAUAACAAAUCAACCCAAUGGAUCCAAUGGGACAUUUACGUCAAGCAGGAACCAAGUGGACAUUGUGGCGUCUUUUCAGACUAGCUAUUACAUUUCAGGCAUUGCUCCAUUUGGUGAUUCUUUGGUCGUUCUAGCUUAUAUUCAUGGAGAAGAUGAAGGAGAGAAAGAAUUCAGCAGCACGAUCCCAUCAAGACAGGUUAAUGCACAGAGGCCUGAGGUUCGUGUCGUCACUUGGAAUAAUGAUGAACUUUCUACAGAUGCCCUGCCAGUCCAUGGCUUUGAGCAUUACACAGCCAAGGACUAUUCACUUGCUCAUGCUCCUUUCUCAGGAAGCAGUUAUGGUGGAGGUCAGUGGGCUGCUGGUGAUGAACCAAUGUACUACAUUGUUUCGCGUAAGGACGUCGUAAUAGCAAAACCGAGGGAUGCUGAAGAUCAUAUUUCAUGGCUUUUACAACAUGGAUAUCAUGAAAAAGCUUUAGCAGCAGUUGAAGAAGGGCAGGGUUGCGGUGAACUACUUAACGAGGUGGGAGCUAGAUAUCUUGACCAUUUAAUUGUGGAGAGGAAGUAUGCCGAGGCUGCAUCUCUGUGUCCCAAACUUUUGCAGGGGUCUGCUUCUGCAUGGGAGAGAUGGAUUUUCCAUUUUGCUCAACUUCGUCAGCUCCCUGUAUUGGUUCCAUAUAUACCAACAGAAAAUCCUAGACUACGUGACACUGCCUAUGAGGUUGCUCUUGUAGCGCUAGCUACAAAUUCAUCAUUCCACAAGGAUCUGUUGUCAACUGUUAAAUCAUGGCCAUCUAAGGUUUACUCUGCAACGACAGUUAUAGCAGCUAUAGAACCUCAAAUGAAUGCAUCCUCCAUGAGUGAUGCACUCAAAGAGGCUCUAGCUGAGUUGUAUGUUCUUGAUGGGCAAUACGAGAAGGCUUUUUCGCACUAUGCUGAUUUGAUGAAGCCAAAUAUAUUCGAUUUCAUUGAGAAGCACAACUUGCAAGAUAUCAUCCGUGAAAAGGUCGUCCAGUUAAUGAUGCUUGAUUGCAAGCGUGCAGUUUCUCUGUUGAUGCAAAACAGGGAACUAAUUUCUCCAAAUGACGUUGUCUCACAACUAUUGGCUUCAAAAACUCAGUGUGAUUCGAGAUAUUUCUUGCAUUUGUAUCUACAUUCUCUCUUCGAAGCUAAUCCACAUGCUGGGAAAGAAUAUCAUGAUAUGCAGGUAGAGCUUUAUGCGGAUUAUGAUCCCAAAAUGUUACUCCCUUUUCUGCGCAGCAGCCAACAUUACAAACUUGAGAAGGCAUUUGAUAUUUGUGUCAAAAGAGACCUUUUAAGGGAGCAGGUUUUCAUCCUUGGACGAAUGGGAAAUGCCAAAAAGGCCUUAGCUGUCAUCAUAAACAAAUUGGGGGAUAUAGAAGAGGCUGUGGAAUUUGUUACCAUGCAGCACGAUGAUGAUCUUUGGGAAGAAUUGAUUAAGCAGUGUAUUAAUAAGCCUGAAAUGGUUGGAGUUUUGUUGGAGCACACAGUCGGGAAUCUAGACCCUUUGUAUAUUGUAAAUAUUGUACCCAAUGGCUUGGAGAUUCCACGACUGAGGGAUCGUUUGGUGAAAAUUAUAACCGAUUACAGAACAGAAACGUCUCUUAGAAAUGGUUGCAAUGACAUUCUGAAGGCUGAUUGUGUAAACCUGUUGGUUAAAUACUACAAGGAAGCGAAGAAGGCGAUUUGCUUGAGCGGUGAAGAAGAAGAUUCGAGGACCAAAAGGGACACCAGUCGUCGGGAAUCCCAGGACAGAAUGCCAAGCGUGAAACCUAUGGAGGUUGUUAAGUCGAAGACAAGGGGAGAUGCCAGAUGUUGCAUGUGUUUCGACCCUUUUUCCAUACAAAAUGUUUCGGUCAUCGCAUUCUUUUGCUGCCAUGCUUACCACCAAGCUUGUCUUAUGGAUUCCAUGAACUCCAUAGUCAAGAAGGGAAGUGAUGAUGAGGAUGAGGAGGAUCAGUCCAAUAAGGGUCCUCGAUUAAGAUGUAUUUUAUGUACUACGGCUGCUAGUUGA